GUUGAGAGAGGAGUGGAGGGGAAGGAUUGAUGUGAUUGGUCCAGAAGGAGGGUGGCUGUACAGUCAUAUUCUUCUGAAAGCAUGGCUCAAUGAAUGAACACUCUUCAUUUCAGGUAACCAGCCAACACAACAUUGAGAUCACGUUUACAGAUACACAGACAGAGAAACUGCCAAGGUAACUGUGUCUCAGAUAGAUGGCUGACAAGCAGAUCAGUUUACCUGCCAAAUUAAUCAACGGGGGAAUUGCUGGACUGAUUGGUGUGACAUGUGUAUUUCCUAUUGACCUAGCCAAGACCCGUCUCCAGAACCAGCAAAAUGGUUCCCGUCUCUACACCAGCAUAUCAGAUUGCCUUAUCAAGACCAUCCAAUCAGAGGGGUACUUUGGCAUGUACAGAGGUGCUGCUGUGAACCUGACUCUGGUCACUCCAGAGAAGGCCAUCAAACUAGCUGCCAAUGACUUCUUUAGACAGCACCUGUCCAAGGAUGGCCAGAAGCUUAGCCUGCUGAGGGAGAUGCUGGCGGGUUGUGGUGCUGGUACAUGUCAGGUCAUCAUCACCACUCCCAUGGAGAUGCUAAAGAUUCAGUUACAGGAUGCAGGGCGGAUAGAGGCUCAGAGGAAGCUGAUGUCCCAGGCUGCAGUUAGGGUCCCUGGGGGCCCAGUGGAGUUGAGGUCCCAUACAGCAAUGCAGCUCACCCGGGAGCUGCUGAGGAGCCAGGGCAUUGCAGGGCUCUACAAGGGCCUGGGGGCCACACUCCUGAGGGACGUGCCAUUCUCCAUAAUCUACUUCCCCCUGUUUGCCAAUCUGAACAGUCUUGGUGGCUGUGGGGCUGAUGGCCCCGCUCCCUUUUAUGUGUCCUUUGCAUCAGGCUGCAUCGCUGGCAGUACAGCUGCUGUGGCAGUUAAUCCUGUGGAUGUGAUUAAGACCAGAAUUCAGACCAUGACACGGGGAAGUCAGGAGGACACCUACGGCGGAGUGACAGACUGCAUCAGGAAGAUUCUGCGCCAAGAGGGUCCCUCUGCUUUCCUGAAGGGAGCGUACUGCCGUGCUCUGGUCAUUGCUCCCCUCUUUGGCAUCGCACAGGUGGUCUACUUCCUGGGAGUGGGAGAGUUCCUUCUCAGCUUCCUGCCUCAACAGAACAACUAGUCUUGCACUCUCACACACAGCCCACAUUGGAGCCAGGUAAUCUGUCACUUUCCUUUCAGACACAGCCCAUAUUAGCCUAAGCCCUAAGGAGUUAGUCAGAGAGAGACAGAACGGUGUGUGUGUUCUAGACCAAAGUUUGUUCUCUGCACCUGUUGAGGGUGUUCUGAUAGGUCAUAAUUUAUUAUAUCCCCUACCUGAGAUGAAUCACAGUAAAUAUUUAAAUUUAGGUCUGAUUUAUAACUAUAUGAUAAUAAUUCAAUAUCAUUUCAAGUGUAUUUUUAGUUGUGCUUUAUCAAGGUUUAGUCAUGGAAUUCUCUUUAUUGUUUUUACUAAGAUGAUGCAAUCAUGAUAUAUAAAUCUGUCAAACAUGACUGUACUGUAAUAUCUUCUGUCUGUAUUGAUGCUAUUUUUUGUUGUGGUUUUGUGGCUUUUGCACAGCUUCUGUACCUCUUUCCAAAUGGUGUUUCCCUCUUCAUCCAUAAAGAAGCUUUAGAUUUGCAUUCUUCUUCCAAGAAUGCAUUGAGUAUUUCAUCACAGUGAUACUAAGAUCUGAUCUGAGGUGUAUUCACUAUUCAGGAUUACCAAAGAUAACCUAAGAUGUUGGCAGAUGUUGGAAACGAUGUACUCAAGCUGUGGGCCUUGAAAGAGUCAACAUUGCCUGCAGAAAACGUCACUGGUUGGUGACAUUGGUGACCUACACACCAAACACAAUUAGUUCCCCAGCCACCAUGUUGGCACCAUUUUGUAACUAGAUGUCAGUUCAGGGACCUGCCUGAAUUUGUCCGAUAGAAACUCUCACUUUCGUGGGCAAAAUGUUUUCUGUUUGAAGUAAACGGUUUCUGUUAGAAAACAUUUUGCAACAGACAAAACAUUUUGCAACAGAAUCUGCGUAAUGAAUACACCCCACGGUUCUGAGAGUGGCAAUUCACUCACAGCACUCAGCCAGAGUCAAGUCAUCAAAUCAAAAAGAUAAAAACUCACCCUUGACAUUUGUGCAAGCCCAUCGCCAUUAUCAUUACUGAAAGGUACAUUUGUAGACCCUGUAUGACCCUGUAUCAUAGUAACCUAGAUUCUAUAUUGUGCUGGUUCUUCCCUGGACCGUUAUUCCCUCUUUUCAGGAGGACAAAUGCACGUCCAAGCACUUUUAUGUCGCCACCCCUCUUCCCUCCCCUGUAGAUAUGGUGGGUGUUGGGUUAUCAGUUUGGAGUUGUGAAUAUGGAUGUGCACUGAAGGUGUAAAACAGGCUGACAGCUAUUGUAUUAUUCAUUUGAGGUAAAAUAAGAACAGAAAAAAUGUAUUCCUCUCGUAUAUAUUGCUGUCUGAAAAAAAUGAAUGGGAUUGUGCUACCCGUGUUGUCUUAUGAUUCUUUCUCUCUAUUUGUGUGACAGCCUUUGGUGUGUGGUUUGUCCUCAUUCUACCGUAACAAGUCUCAAGGAAAUCUGAAGAUUUCCCCUACUGUGGUAACCAAGGAAACAAUGGAGGGAUUGUUUGAUGCAUUUGCUUCACCAAAUUAAUCUAUCUCAGUAUCUCGAUGUCUCUGACGGCCUGUCUCAAUCCUAAGGAACCAUUGUCAUGUGUCCAUCCAAUAGCCAGAUUCUCUAGUUCACAUGGGCAUGGCUAUCCUUGUGUCCUGUUGCUUUCUUGGCAAUAUCUCGUUUGGAGGAGAUCCAUUUCCCACCUGCAGUGUUUGUCUUUCUCCACUCCCAUGGAUACCACUCAGAUCCCAUUUCAAAACAAGCAAGCAGAGACACUGUGUACAGAGGACACAUUAUUUACACCUUCCGUUGUUAUGUGGUUAUUACGGUGUUAGCAUCAGUCCAGUAGAUGGAGCAGCUGCAAGCCGGCAUGCAUUUAAUGAAUACUACAUUUCAUAGAAUUUAAUACAAUUACAAGAAGGAGAUGUUAUGUUUGUACUAUAAUUAUUAUUGAUAUGAUUAAUUAUUAUUAUCUAAUAUGUUAUUAUUAUGUACUUUGUAUGCUGCACAGGAGAAUAUGGCUAAUACAGGGUGGAGUCAAGGAACAGGGUACACCGAUAAGAAAUGGGAAGAAGGGAAGGGAGGGGAAGAGGGAGAGAUGAGAGAUGGGGAGAUUGAGGCACUCAACCAAAUCAGGGCAUUGAUUACAAAAGAAGUGAGUGCCUGGAGGGUGAGAAUCUACUGCCAAGGCCUGUCAAACACACACAGACCAGAGGGGAUGUAGGUGCCCCACCAUCAUUUAGAUCAAUUUCAUCAUAUCAAUCUAGAUCCAAUUUAUCGUAGGCCUACUGUCACAGGCAGUGCCAUACAUUUCACUUUCAUAAGACUUAAAUUCCCUUCCUAGUGAUCAAUUAGCUUAUUUACUCUGACAUUUCAUAUGUUGAAAAAUUACAUUCUCAAGGGGCAUUGCAAUAGCUAUAUUAUUCACUCUGUUCCAGGGGAAUAGGAGAGUAUGGUGUGUAAAUGGCUCGUGAAAUGACCUCUACCUUCUUUGAUGGUGUAUAACAAGCAGGAAUUGUGUCUCAGGGCUAUGAAAGUGGAAGAAAUUUUACCAGCAAGUAUGGCUGAAAUGUGUAGGAAUAUCUACUGUAAGAGAUCUAAAUCUGUUACGGUUCUGUAAGUCAUUAUUUGCAUUCUACAGUACAGUAAAUGGCACUGGUCACCAACAAUUAAUUUACUGUAAAAUUGACAUAACAUUUUAGAAAACUGCACUUUAUAGGUCUACAUUAGCUUAUUCCCCCAUGCAGAUUGGUAUUGGGGCAAGCUGCAAAAUGACAUAAUGUCAAUGAAAACCCUUGAGGAUCAAAGCAUUGCUGAAGUUGCGUUGAUGAAAGAGUUGCCUUGAGUUCAGAGGCGACAGUGUGACAGGUUAAUUAAUAUUCAUGCCAGAGAUGAUGAUGAUGGGAGA